AUGAAAGUGACCGUGUGCUUCGGCAGGACCGGAAUCGUGGUGCCCUGCAAGGAGGGCCAGCUGCACGUCCGGGAGCUCACGCAGCAGGCGCUGCAGCGGUACCUGAAGACCCGGGAGAAGGAUCCUGGGUACUGGGUGAAGAUUCAUCACUUAGAAUACACAGAUGGAGGAAUCCUGGAUCCAGAUGAUGUCUUGGCAGAUGUCGUUGAAGACAAAGAUAAGCUGAUUGCUGUGUUUGACGAACAAGAACCACUCCACAAGAUCGAGAGCCCCAGUGGAAACCCCGCAGGCCGGCAGAGCCCAGAUGCUUUUGAGACGGAAGUGGCUGCCCAACUGGCUGCGUUUAAACCAGUUGGUGGGGAAAUUGAAGUAACCCCUUCUGCUCUGAAAUUAGGCACUCCGCUGCUGGUGAGGAGAAGCAGUGACCCAGCGCCAAGCCCACCUGCUGAUGCCAGGCCAAGCGCUUCACACCCCAGUGGCCAGAGUCUGAAACCUGUUAUUCCAAAUUCCACACAGGACUUAGAAGAUGAAGUUAUGAAUGGUGUGCAGACAGAACUCUUGACAUCACCGAAAACAAUGGAUGCAUUGAGUAAUAUGACAAGAACAGUGGAGAUUUCUGGGGAAGGAGGCCCCUUGGGAAUACAUGUAGUACCUUUCUUUUCAUCUCUGAGUGGAAGGAUUCUAGGGCUCUUCAUCCGUGGCAUUGAGGAAAACAGCAGGUCUAAGCGGGAAGGACUGUUUCACGAAAACGAAUGUAUUGUAAAAAUCAACAGCGUGGACCUCGUAGACAAAACCUUUGCUCAGGCUCAGGACGUCUUCCGUCAGGCAAUGAAAUCUCCAAGUGUGCUGCUUCAUGUGCUUCCACCUCAAAACCGGGAACAGUAUGAAAAAUCCGUCACUGGACCUCUUAACAUUUUUGGUAACAAUGAUGGCGUUUUGAGAACAAAGGUGCCACCUCCUGUCCAUGGAAAAUCAGGAAUAAAGACAGUAAAUCUCACAGGAACAAGCAGUCCUGAGGAAGAUGCAUCAACUUCCCUGCAGCAAGGCAAGAGCCCCCGAGUACCAAGACUAGGUAGAAAGCCAUCCUCUCCCUCACUCUCCCCGCUCAUGGGGUUUGGCAGCAAGAAAAAUGCAAAGAAAAUUAAGAUUGACCUAAAGAAAGGACCUGAAGGACUUGGUUUCACUGUGGUUACCAGAGAUUCUUCCAUACAUGGUCCUGGUCCCAUUUUUGUAAAAAACAUUUUACCAAAGGGAGCAGCAAUAAAAGAUGGCCGCCUACAAUCAGGGGACAGAAUUUUGGAGGUAAAUGGCAGAGAUGUCACUGGACGAACUCAGGAAGAGCUCGUGGCCAUGCUGAGGAGCACCAAGCAGGGAGAGACCGCAUCACUGGUCAUCGCCCGCCAGGAAGGAACUUUUCUGCCCCGAGAGCUGAAAGGAGAACCUGACUGCUACGCACUCUCCCUGGAAACAACUGAGCAACUCACCUUCGAGAUCCCCCUGAAUGAUUCUGGUUCUGCUGGUCUUGGGGUGAGCUUGAAGGGGAACAAAUCUCGAGAAACUGGAACAGACUUGGGGAUUUUUAUCAAAUCCAUCAUCCACGGAGGUGCUGCUUUUAAGGAUGGUCGUCUGCAGGUGAAUGACCAGCUGAUUGCAGUUAACGGGGAAUCUCUUCUGGGAAAGUCCAACCACGAAGCUAUGGAAACACUUAGGCGAUCAAUGUCCAUGGAAGGAAACAUACGAGGGAUGAUCCAGUUGGUGAUUCUGAGGAGGCCAGGGAGACCACUGGAGGAACCUGCAGAGUGUGGGGCGUUUUCUAAGCCGUGCUUUGAGAACUGUCAGAAUGCUGUAACCACCUCCAGGAGGAAUGAUAAUAGUACAUUGCAUCCAUUUGGCACUUACAGUCCACAAAACAAACAGAAAGAGCUAUUGCUUCCCAAUGACGGAUGGGCUGAGAGCGGAGGACCUCCUCCUCCACCACAUCCCGUUCUGGAAUUGGGCCUUGAAGAUUACAGCCACAGCUCUGGGGUGGAUUCAGCAGUAUUUUUUCCGGAUCAGCGCCUCAACUUUAGAUCUGUGACACCAGCCAGGCAGCCUGAAUCAAUGAAUCUGAAAGCCUCAAAGAGCAUGGACCUUGUGCCAGAUGAAAGCAAAGUCCAUUCAUUGGCUGGACACAAAUCGGACUCUCCAAGCAAAGAUUUCGGUCCAACUCUGGGUUUGAAAAAGUCCAGCUCCUUGGAGAGCCUGCAGACUGCAGUUGCCGAGGUCAGGAAGAACGAACUUCCCUUCCACCGGCCCCGGCCGCACGUGGUCCGUGGCCGAGGCUGCAACGAGAGCUUCCGAGCAGCCAUUGACAAAUCUUACGAUGGACCCGAAGAAUUAGAAGCUGAUGGUCUGUCUGAUAAGAGCUCUCACUCUGGCCAAGGAGCUCUGAAUUAUGAAUCUGCCCCUCAGGGGAACUCUGAGCUAGAGAAUGCAGAAAAUAAAGCCAGGAAAGUCAAAAAACCGAAAGAAAAGGAGAAGAAGAAGGAAAAGGGCAAAUUCAAAGUCAAGGUGAAAAAGCAGAAAGAGGGAAAUGAAGAUCCAGAAAGGAAAAUAAAGAGGAAGGGAUUUGGUGCCAUGCUGAGAUUUGGAAAGAAGAAAGAUGAUAAGGGUGGAAAGGCUGAGCAGAAAGGUCCUCUGAAGCAUGGUGGCCUGAGAGAAGAGGAGCUGGAAAAAAUGAAAGAAGAACGUGAGAGGAUUGGGGCAAAACAUCAGGAGCUAAGGGAAAAGCAAGCAAGAGGUCUUAUUGAUUAUGCCGCUGGUGCAAUUGGAUCCCUGCAUGAUAUGGACGAUGAUGAAAUGGACCCCAACUAUGCCAGAGUAAACCACUUCCGGGAACCAUGCGCAUCAGCAAAUGUCUAUAGGUCUCCAUCUCCCCCUCGGGCUGGACCACUGGGGUACCCUCGGGAUGGCCGUCCACUGUCUCCAGAGAGAGACCACUUAGAGGGUCUCUAUGCCAAGGUCAACAAGCCAUACCAGCCACCAGUGCCAGCUGACAGUGGCCGUUCCAUUAGCGGAAGCACUGACCGCAUCCAGAAGUUGCGGAAGGAGUAUUACCAGGCUCGGAGGGAAGCUUUCGCUUUAUGUGAGGACAGUGAAGGAAGAGCAAGACCUGACUAUGACCUUCACUGGGUGUCUGGAAAGGGUCCAGAUGGGAAUGCACACAACCUCCGCUUUGAGGGGAUGGAGAGACAGUACGCCUCCUUACCCAGGGGAGGACCAGCGGAUCCUGUAGACUACCUGACAGCAGCACCUCGAGGGCUCUACAAGGAAAGGGAGCUUCCAUAUUACCCAGGGGCUCAUCCUGUGCAUCCGCCCAAAGGGAGCUACCCCCGCCCCCCAGAUCUGAGGAUCACAGAUCUCCGGUAUCCCCAGUACUAUCCGCCCCCGCCAGCCCCCCAGCACAAAGGACCCUUCCGACAAGAUGUCCCACCUUCCCCUCCUCAGCACCACAGAGUACCAGCCUACCCAGAAAUGGGCAGACCAGUGCCCCGAGGGGGCAGCCCAGAUCAGUACCCCUAUCGAAUGCAGGAUCCCCGGCAGAAGAACCCCAUGACCGCAGCCGUGUAGCUGAACGCCACCAAGCUCAGCCCAGCCCAGAACGGAAGACAUCCAACAUCACCCUUGUUCUUCCUACACCUUAAGGCCGCCUUCCUGUUAAGAAUUCUCCAUGGUACAGAUUAGGUUUUUCUCGCUGAGGCUGCAACACUUGACUGCUAGUCAGAGAGAAAGAAGGGGACAGGAGUUUGGGGAGGGAAAUCAGAAGGAAGAGGAAGGAUGGGGCCAUAAAAAAAAUACUGCCUGAAAUAAUUUUAGAAUUGUUCAGUUCACUGAGAGUGACAAUUGAACAGGCAGAUAACAAUGGAGAUCUACAACAUGGUGCCUCCCUGGAGCACAGACAUGCCCCCACAGCACUGGCAUCACGGAGGGCAGACUCUGCCCGGGAUCGUCAUCCGUUCAGAGACUAGCUUCAGCCACCUGAUUAGAGCUGUUACGUCUGUGAAGAGUGGUUGCCAAUGUGGGUGUCCUAAGUGAGUGGUUUUUACAUUGAAAAAACAACAGCGGCAAACAUGACGAGUGAUCUCCUUGAAAUGUUUUAUACCUAGAGGAAGGCUGCAUUUCUUUAUUUGUAGAAUUUCUCAGGUUCUCAGUUCCACUCACUUGGUAUAAGCAUGUCACGUUUCCUUGCUUUUAGUGUAAAAGUAAGAUGUGAAUGCAGUCCUGGUGUCCUGGGAGAAUGUACAAAGCUAGCAGAGCUUCCAGAAGAAAUAUAUGCCUAGCAUCAAGGCAAUCAGGUUAAGAGGCUGACAUUCCUGUGGUCCUCACCUUCCUUCCUCCCACGUCCCAGGCACGACAGCAUGGAGAUAUCUGGUUUCCGAGGCAUCCCCAAAUCUCCUGCCUAUAAUUAUUGCAAGUGGGGCCUCUAUUUUAAGGCUCCCACUUGAGAGUUAAGAUGUACUCGGGAAAAAGAGGGCCCACUGGUUAGUAUGCACAGGAAGCGGUGCUCUGAGAUGCCAAUUCCAGACCCAGUGCCAAACAGCGCCAUAUGCACCCGGCGUCAGGGAGGGGUUGACUGUGCUCUUUGGGAAUGAUAACCGGCAGGUGGUAGACAGUGGUGA